AUGCUAGGGAGAUGUUUUCCUCCAGACACCAAAGAGAAGCAACAGCUCAGGAUGAUUAAACUCUGCGAUCCUGCAGAAAGUGAAUUGUCGCCAUUGCUCAUCACCUUAACUUUAGCAGUUUUACUUGCUGAAUACCUCACUGGUAUCAUUGCAAAUGGGUUCAUCACGGCUAUACGUGCAGCUGAAUGGGUUCAAAAUAAGUCAGUUUCCACAAGUGGCAGGAUCCUGGUUUUCCUGAGUGUAUCCAGAAUAGCUCUCCAGAGCCUCAUGAUAGAAAUUACCAUCAGCUCAACCUCCCUAAGUUUUUAUUCUGAAGAUGCUGUAUAUUAUGCAUUCAAAAUAAGUUUUAUGUUCUUAAAUUUUUGUAGCCUGUGGUUUGCUGCCUGGCUCAGUUUCUUCUACUUUGUGAAGAUUGCCAAUUUCUCCUACCCUCUUUUCCUCAAGCUGAGGUGGAGAAUUUCUAGAUUGAUACCCUGGCUUCUACGGCUGUCUGUGUUUAUUUCCUUCAGUCACAGCAUGUUCUGCAUCAACAUCUGCACUGGGUAUUGUGACAAUUCUUUCCCUAUCCACUCUUCCAACUCCACUGAGAAAACAUACUUCUCUGAAACCAGUGUGGUCAGUCUGGCUUUUUUCUUUAACCUGGGGAUUGUGAUUCCUCUGAUCAUGUUCAUCCUGGCAGCCAUUCUGCUGAUCCUCUCUCUCAAGAGACACACCCUACACAUGGGAAGCAAUGCCACAGGGUCCAAGGACCCUAGCAUGGAGGCUCACAUUGGGGCCAUCAAAGCUACCAGCUACUUUCUCAUUCUCUACAUUUUCAAUGCAGUUGCUCUGUUUAUCUACCCGUCCAACAUGUUUGACAUCAACAGUCUGUGGAAUACUUUGUGCCAGAUCAUCAUGGCUGCCUACCCUGCCAGCCACUCAAUUCUACUGAUUAAGGAUAACCCUGGGUUGAGAAGAGCCUGGAAGCGGCUUCAGCUUCGACUUCAUCUUUACCCAAAAGAGUGGACUCUGUGA